AGCUCAUAGGAACCUUCCUGCUGUGACUGCGGUUGUCAGUCGGAACAGUUUGAACGGGACACCGUAGCGACAACUCUGAAGCAGCCGCUUAGCUGAAGCUCCGCGAGGAAGAUGAGCACCAAACAGGUGACCUGCAGGUACUUCCUCCACGGUGUGUGCAGGGAGGGAAGUCGCUGUUUGUUCUCUCAUGACCUGAGCAACAGUAAACCGUCGACCAUCUGCAAGUUCUACCUGAGAGGAACCUGCGCCUACGGAGAACGCUGCAGGUAUGAUCACAUCAAACCCUCGUUCAGAGGUGGAGGGGGAGGAGCUCCAGAGGAUCAGGCAGGUGGAGGAGGAGCUGGAGGCGGAGCUUCAGUCAGAGGUGGAGUGAAGAAGAACGUUGUCCUGAGAGACGGAGCUCUGGGUUUAGACAGGUUCAUGGGUCCACCAGACAGUUUGUGGUCAGACGUCUCGGCGGCCGCAGCUCCUCAGACGUAUGUGGACGCCAUCAGGACAGGUUUGGACGGAUCUGUGCAGGAGCAAGCCACUCCCCCAGUGGGUGGGACUUCCCAGGACCUCCCCCAGCUGUGUCCCUACACUGCUGCCGGACACUGUUACUAUGAAGACAAAUGUACGUAUCUUCAUGGUGACCUGUGUGACAUAUGUGGGCUGCAGGUGCUCCACCCCCAUGACCCCGAGCAGAGGAGAGCGCAUGAGAAGAUGUGUCUCCUGGCCUUUGAGACAGACAUGGAGAAGGCGUUUGCAGCUCAGCGCAGUCAGGACAAGGUGUGUUCCAUCUGUAUGGAGGUGGUAGUACAGAAGGCCAACCCGUCAGAACGCAGGUUCGGGAUUCUGUCGUCCUGCUGUCACACCUUCUGUCUGACCUGCAUCAGGAAGUGGCGCUGCACCAGAAACUUCAGCAACGUCAUCAUCAAGUCGUGUCCGGAGUGUCGGGUGGUCUCAGAGUUCGUCAUCCCGUCAGUCUACUGGGUGGAGGACCAGGAGGACAAAGACCACCUCAUAGACCUCUUCAAGUCUGGAGUCAGUAAGAAGGCCUGUAAGUACUUCGAUCAGGGCCGUGGCUCCUGUCCAUUUGGCGGGAAGUGUUUGUAUCUUCACGCCUUCCGUGACGGAACCAGAGCGGAACCCGAGCCGCCGCGGAAACAGCUGAGCUCCGAGGGGAACGUCCGGUUCAUGAACAGCGUCCGUCUGUGGGACUUCAUCGAGGAGCGCGAGCAGCGCUCUGCCCCGCCCCUGCCGUCCCUUGAUGAUGACAUCACAGAACUGCGGGAGCUCUUCAUGCAGAUGUCAGGUCCGAGUCACGAGGGGCCCGAGACCCCACCCCCUACAGACCAGCACACCCCAGCACCCGGGCUGCCAGGCAGAGGGGGCCUGACGAGCAGGAGGAGAGGCUGCUGGGAAAGAAGGAGACGACGUGCUGGUGAAGAAGGAAAGAGAAGAAGAGAGGACUGUGAACCUGCUGCCACAAACAGCACACACACACACGUACACACACACACACACACACACACACACGCACACGGACUGAGAAUGGGAGCCACAUAUGGAAAGAAGAAGGCGUACAGCAUCGGCCACGAGCCUCCUCCCAAGCAGCAGUGUGUGAAAAAUGGAAAGCACCCAGACGGCAGAGCUUCAGCUUAUGCAGACCUGCAACAACACCGGUCUGAGGGUAUCCACAGGAAGUCGUCUCCGGCGUCUGGCUAUGUCCCCCAGCCUGACUACCAGGAAGAAGACGACGACGACGACGACCUCAUCAAGCCCAAGAAACUGUUGAAUCCUGUGAAAGCAUCACAAAGUCACCAGGAUCUUCACCGCGAGCUGCUGAGCAGCUGCAAGAGAGGGGGGGUCAGAGUGGAGACGAAGCCGGAGCUGCACCGAGUGCUCGAGUCCAGGAAACGAGAUCAGCUGAUCAAACAGAGGAAACAGGAGGACGACGCCCGCAGGAAGAUCUCACCUCUGGAGGCGGAGCUACUGAAGAGACACAGGAAGCUGGAGGAGAUGGAGAAGCAGGCGCAGAAACAGCAGGAAGAAAACCUGAAAGCUCCGGAGUUUGUCAAAGUCAAAGAGAAUUUGAGACGGACAUCUUUUCCAAGUAAAGAUGAGAGGGACGUGUAGAGACACAGCUGCUGUCCUCCGGAGGACACGAAACUGACAACCAGGUUGUCUACAUGUUUACAGGGGACAUGCUGAGGACACGCUGAGAACACACUGUCCAGAUGUCGACAGCUGUGACGUCUCACUGUUCUGACAGGGGGAUAAAUGAUGGACACACCUGGUGAACAGGUGACCUUGUGUUUGACCUCGUCUCUGUUUGUCACAUGGUCUGUGAUGGACGUGCACAGUAGUGUUAGAAAAUGUGUUUACUACAAACAUCUGAGCUGAGGCUCAUGGGUACUGUAGUGCUUAGAGGAACAGGUCAGAACCAUAAACUGUAAACAAACACGGACGAACGCUGCCAUCUUGUGGUGAUGACGUCAUUUGCAGUCAGAGUCUGCGCAGUAGUGAUCGUGGCGUGGAGCCCUCGCGUUGAGGUCCCGCCCACACACACUCUCUACCAAUCAGGAGUCAGUCUCAGCUGUCAAUCAUGACGUCUCAGCCUGUUUUCAUAUCCUCAAAUAACUAAAUAAAACCAAACUGAUCAGAAUCACUUGAACAAA